UAUUUUUUCAGCCUUUGUUUUGACACGGCACGUCACGCUGAGACCAACGGUCUCUUUUGCGAAUGACGCAUUUCGAAUGAAUCAGAAAUCAUAGACAGAUGGCUAGACCUCCUCCCCACUUGAUCUUUCAUCACAGAAUUGUAGAUACUUGUAAUUUUAGAGACCAACGGUCUCUUUUGGGAAUGAGCCCUGCUUCCACACAACAAAUACACGCAGCUACAUCCUGAAAAUGCAUUGCAAACUACUUCCAAAUGGAAAUGGCGCUGGUACGUCCUCAUAAUUGCUGCCUAUGCUCUCCCAGGGGUUUUUUCCUCUAUCAAUCUCUAUGGUAUGUUCUUUUUUCUCAAGUUAAUUGAGUCUAGGCUGUUUCCUUUCCUCUUAAUGCACAUGACCAACCUAGGGGUUUCUAUCUUUCAUCCCAAAAAAAGCCUCACAGUUUUGUUCUUGGUGAUGUAAAUGGGUUAGUAGCACACUGCUUAAAAUAGUAAUACUUUUUACAAGAUGAAUUUGAUGGGUUGGAUCCUUGCCGUGGCUCUAGUUUUUGGGACCUCAAAUGUCAAGAUCUCUUCAGCGGGUCCUUUCCAUGCGCAAUGCAAAGUAGAAUGGUACUUUAGUGUCCCCUGUAAACAGGUCUUCGAGAGCCUAGUCACCCAGAUCAAGAAGUGGAGGACUAUGUCCAGCUGUGCCAUGGGGGGACAGAAGUGCCUCUACAAGCUCCAGGCAUCCGCUAGCCACUUCAUAGCAGCCAAACACACCACACCAUUUAAGAAGUCUGUCGAUGACAUCACCUUCCGUCUGGUCUCAUCCCUGUUAUCCAGCCACUGUCAUGUCUCGGCCAUGUCUGUCUCAGAGAACUGGUAUGCCAUUAAAGAUCAUGGCACCAACUACUGCAACCUCUACAAUCUCAUGGAAGGAAGCGGACUUACAGACGCCCCUGGAUACAAAGAAAUCACCAGCGACUUCCUGUGUACCCAGCGCUCCUCCGCUAACUGCACAGUGUACUGAUUUAUCUUCAGAUCUCUUUUUUAUUCAUGUUUCUUCUCCUUCUACAUUAUCAUUUGGAGUUCGAUUAAAAUCAUUGUUAUUAGGUACAGAACCGUCCAUCGUCUAGCUUAACAAUAAAGUCUAAACUUUGAAGAAAGAGGUAAAAGUUUGAUCAGUGAGGUCCAUCUUGCUGUCUCAAGCUGGUCUAAAAUGGGUUGUAAAUAUAGCUCUCGUGUUUUUCUAUACCUCUGAGGUGAGUCGCGGUCUGAGGAGGGGUAUCAUUCUUUUUGACACCUAAACCAGUUUUUCCCUUACAAGCAGUGGUGCCGGGGUGAAAAAAACACAGCGAGUGAUGUGAAUUGCAGGGCAGGUUUUAUUAGGACAGCAAUAUGCUCAGCUGGGCUUUGCCAUCCAUCACAGAAAGGGUUUUCAGAGUACUGCUAAAAGACACAUUGCCACGGGCAUCAAUGUCUACAACUGCCUCCCAAAUGUCGCCCUAAUCCCUAGAUAGUGCGCAAGCUUUGACAAAGACCAAAUUGGCUUCUGGUAUAACAUAGUGCACAAUAAAGGGGACAGGGUGACAUUUGGGAAGUAAACAAUUGCAAUGCUUUAGUUCGGCCUGGUAGCUUUCAUCUCCGGUCAACAGAUGGCAGUGUCUUCAAGCUUCUCAUUAUGGUUAACUUAAAUUACUUAUUGAACCACAGCCAGGCUAAUUUUUCAAAGCAAAGGUGUUUGGAUUUCACAAUGAAUAUAGACAGUGGAUUAAGAAGAGGGCAACCAUUCCACAAAGACAUAGAUCUUUUUCCAGCACCCAUAUUUCACAGCUUAACCUUAAAAGUGGAAAGAUAUAUUUGGAUUAAAGCACAGCUCUUAUUUCUGUAGAAGUGCAAUAUAACAAAGAGAUAGGUGCCUAAAUAAAUCUACUGGUUGUUUUAUAACAUGCAAUAUGUUAUCUAAUGUAAUAAAUGUAUUAAAAUGGCACUUUAACAAACACUUACAGCAUAGUCAUAACAGGACUUGGGGAUAUUGGGAUGGUUGUCGUGGAACUGACAAAAUGGGCUCUGAGAGAUCAUUUUUAAUUGACAGUUUUAUGUUCAUCUGACAGUUGGCUCCUUCCUCUCAUCCAUCCAAAUGGGAAUGAAUUCUGUUCCACUUCAUUUCAUUCAGUCCAGUUAAAUAGAUGCUUAUUUAACAAGUAUGUUGUUACACAUGUAAAUACUGUUAUGCAUGGCCAAACAUUUAUACGUUAUGCAUUUUCUGGAUGAAGGAUGUUCUUGGAUGACCUGAAGUGUAAGUAUUUUGGAGUGAUCCUGUUAUGUACAUUGGUGCAUACGUAUGUGUCCUUACCUUUCUGCGGUUAGACAGAGCAACUCAUUACAGCAAUUCUCCUUUCCUGUGCACAAAAUAGUGUUGAAUUUCCUCUUACAAGAAAAAAAUGUAGCCUGUAGUCUAUACUGUUAGGUUCAGUUUCCCCCUUAAAACAGACCAUAUCAAGCUAUCAAAAUCCUCCCCAACACUAAUGAAUGUCUCUGGGGGUCCCAGGGGCUGUCAGAGGCCGCACUGCAACAGACAGUUCAACUGUGGCGCUGAGUUCGACUGUGGCCCAAAUCAGUUCCUCCAGAGAUUUGUUUUUGUGAUUCCUGCUUGAUUUCACUUUGGAUAUCAUUUUGGACUUUAGCAAUUGUUCCCUUUUGCGAAAAUACAUGCAAUAAUUAGAUGGUUUAAUAGAAACAUAGCACAGUGAUCUGUCAAAUAUUCAAGCCUAACCAGCAGUCAAUGUUGAUUUUUAAAGAACUCUGCAGAAUUACACCAUCCCGGAGAGGUUCAUAAACAGCACCAUUAGUGCUGUUUAAACAUUAGUGCCUUACUUUUAACCAUUUGAGCGCUAAUCAAAAAGUAACGCACUACAAAGGCAGCCAUUUUGGAUACACUUUAUGUCAGGGCCCAAACUGGCAGGGGGACCACGUAAUCACAUGUUAUGUUUUGAACAGUAUUGAGAAGCACGGCAACAUCUAUAAACCACCCUGGAGAGUAAAAGAUAUAGGCAUGGAGACAUGAUCUCAAGGACAAACAGGUUGUCCUCUAGCCAGAAAGGAACCAACCUUGUAAUCCUUUUCUCUUGAAGGCAAUGUUACUCUUCUGGAAUUUUCUGCAGACUAACCUUCCAUGUUGGUUAUACUAUUACAAUCCGGUUUCCAUAAAGUUAGGAUUCUGCGUAAAAUGCUAAUAAAAACAGAAUGCAAUGAUGUAAAUCAUUAAUCCCUAUA